AUGGACAGUUACGAGCGCAAGAUCGGGUGCUUUAUCCAAAUUCCGAACGUUGGGCGUGGGCAAUUAAAAUAUGUGGGUUCUGUAGAAGGCAAACCAGGAACAUUCGUCGGUGUCGAUUUAUUGGCUAACAUUGGUAAGAAUGAUGGGACUUUCCAGGGAAAACGUUAUUUUGAGACCGAAUAUACCCAAAGUGGGCUUUUCAUACAACUUCAGAAGGUAUCUGGGCUCAUAGAUGCUGCGACUAAUGGUGGAUCAUCAAGACGUAGCACUUUUGGAGACGCCCACAGCGGGAGUAGGCCAGCAACUAUUUCAACAACAGUGCCAAGAUCACCGACACCAGUUCGUACGGCUUCUAGACACAGCUCGACGGCCUUUUCGGAUGCAAUGGACGUAGACGGCGAGGACCGCCGUCAUUGGAGCUCAACUUCAACCAGCUCGAGCCGCCCCAAUAUCGAGUUCAAAUUCCACCAACAGACGCAGGAGCUUUCUCAAUGCAAAAAAUUAUUGAGCGAGCAAAGGAUAGUGUUAGAGGAGAUUCAGCCCGCAAUCGAUGACUACGAGGCCAAAUUGCAAGAAAUGGAGAUACAAAUUGGAAGUCUACAAGCGCAACUGGCGAAAGAAAGAGAAUCACAGAGCAAGCAAAAACAGUAUUUUGAGACUGAGCACGAGCAGCUGUUAUCUGUGGUGGAAGAACUGCAUAUGGAGAUUCGUGAAAACGAAAAACGCAUGCUAGACGUACGACAACUGCAACAAGCUGAGAAUGCGCUGCCGACAGAUUCAACGAUUGCCGAGCUUCAGGCCGAAAACGAUUCUCUGCGGGAAAAACUUGAUACGCUUAAAGAGCAAGCAAGUUCCGAAGCCUCCGCUGCUGUGAAAUGGGAGAAGGAACGAGAUCAGUUGAGGCUACAAAACGAGUCCUUGAGCUCUGAGUAUCAAUACAUCUCCAAGGAACUGCGUGAAACGCAGAUGAAGCUAAGCGAAGCACAGACAAACGUCACUAAUAUGUCCCCGGAUCCAAACCCCGAGAUCGAGAAACUAAAAUUACAGUUGGCAACUGCAAACGCCAAACUGAUCACAUUGGAAAGCCCCCCAUCACCCCAACCUAGCGCCUUAGCUCCAACGACUUCUUCUGACCCCACAGAACAUGAGACGGAGUCUUUGCCGCUUUAUAUACCUAAAAAGGCUGAUCGUGCCGCUGGAAGACAAAAAUGGUGUGCCUUAUGUGAGAGAGAUGGACACAAUAGCUUGGACUGUCCGUACGAGAACGAUCAGCUAUUUUAG